GUUCAGAAGAAACAAAAAAAAAAACAAAGGAAAUUGUUGGGAGACGCCGCGCUCCCCCCACUAUCUUAUCUAUCACACCGGGAGGUCGCGCCAUUUAAAUCAAACGCACCCCCGCGCGCAGCUGAGCGAAGUGCGGAAGGAGAAGAACAACAUGGGUGCGCUCCUGUUGCUCCUCGUCCUGGUCCCGGUCGGCGUGGACGCCGUCCCCCAGGAGCGGCUGCUCCUCGGCGCCUUGGGCCUCUCCGAGCGGCCGCCCGCCCGCACGGGCCUUCCCGGUUCCCGGUCCCGGCGCCACGACGUCCCUCCGGCUCUCUGGAGGAUGUUCCGGAGGUCGGCGCGCGUCCGGGCCGGCGAGGGCGAUCCGUGCACGGUGUCCGAGUACGGCGUCCGCGGCAACAUCAUCAGAUACGUGCAAGACCAAGGCGCUGUAGUUCCGGGUUCUGGCGUGGCGUGCCCAGGCUGCGUGGACCGGCAUCUGUUUUUCAGUCUGGGGGCCCUGGAGUCGUCGGAGGUCUUGUCCCUGGCCCGGCUGCAGGUCCACUUCCCGUGGAGGACGGCGGCGGCGGCCCUUCUACGAAGCGCUCCCGCCGUCAGUGCCGUUCUGUACAAGGUGGUCCGGCCCACGCCGAAAGGCGCCGACCCUCGGGCCGACCGCCGCCUCCUCCUGUCCCAGUCGGUCCGGCCGGGCCCAGAAGGGGCGUCGGUCACCUUGGACGUCACCUCGCCGGCCGAGUCGUGGCGCCGCCCGACCCGCAAUUACGGUCUGCUUCUGGAACUCCGACCUCUGGGCGCCGACCCGGAUCGGUCGUGGGCGGCGCCCCCUGUGCGGGCCUCGCUCGUGGCGGUGUCGCUCCACCCGCAGCAGUGCCGAUCCCGGCGACGGAGGAGCCCCGCCCGCGCGCUGCCCCCGGUGUCGCCCAGCAACGUCUGCAAGGCCCGCCGUCUCUAUGUGGACUUCAAGGACGUGGGCUGGCAGGAUUGGAUCAUCGCGCCGCAGGGCUACGUGGCAAACUAUUGCCACGGGGAGUGCCCCUUCCCCCUUAGCGACAGGCUGAACAGCACCAACCACGCCAUCCUGCAGACUUUGGUACACUCGCUGGACCCGGACGGCACCCCUCAGCCCUGCUGCGUGCCCGUCCGCUUCUCGCCCAUCUCCAUGCUCUACUAUGACAACAACGACAAUGUGGUGCUGCGCCAUUACCAGGACAUGGUGGUGGAUGAGUGCGGCUGCCGAUGACCGACGCCCCCGCGGCCCCCGCCAAUUGUCAACCGCCCAUUUUUAAUAUGAUGCCAAUAAAGUUUGGAAUGAAACACGGGGACAAAGUUGAACGCUUUUCUUCGACAAGUACGACGGCGUAAUAGGGUCAUCGUGAUUCAGUGUGACGUCAUGUCGCGCCACAUAUUUCGCGCGACAUGACGAGGUGUCACAUAGGCUAGCGUAGCUUGGAGUCCGCCAGCGCCGAAGCGAAAACAACAAUGUGCUUUAGACGGGGUAAACAGAGGCGACGACUACGAUGACACUUGAUUACUUUUUGAUGCAUCCAAUUGAUAGACUUGAUAAAACCCGUAUAUUUACGCGUACAUCAUAUAUUUCUCUCCCAUUGACAUAUACUGGACAUAAAUGAUGGUUUAGUGUGGCAUGCUUCAUAUCGCAGAUAGAGGGCAGGUACAGGACAAUUUAUAUUGGAUUGGAUUUAGACUUUGAAAGUAUUUUUAAAUGUUUUAAAUUGAUGACUAUUUAUCAUUCGGCCGGCACGGCGGGGCGUGUGACAGACGGAUUGUAAGCAAAGCAGGACUUCAAAUUCAUAAAGUUUUUUGUUUUGGACAGUUAUGAAUACUGAAAUGAUUUCAUUACACUGGCUCAUGGUUACUAUGCAAUACGCAGUCUAAUAAGAAGGAGGAUGUAAGUAAUUUUGUAAAAUGCGUUUGGUCGUAUCAGGAAAAUCAUUAGAAAAAUAAAGGUUUUUGCAUUCCAUGUAAUACAUAA